GAAAAGUGGUGUUAGUCCUGAGAAAAGCUUUAGCAACAUUUGGUUUGAUAUUUUAUAUCUAAUACAAUGACAUUCCAUCAUUAAGAACAGCUUAAGUGUCCAAAUACUUUUUGGAGCCACUGUAUAUUGACAUUUCACAACAUAGCAGACAAAUUGGCUCUGAGCAGAUAAACCAGACCAGUGAUGCUCCACUGGCACACCAGACAGACAGAUAGAACCGUGGAGCCACGAGAUGAACCUAAUGUGUGAGACACGGACAGACAAGGAGAGAGAGAGAGUGAAAGAUUUGUGCUCUAAUAAUAUCCUCCACUGACAGAUUAGAGAUACAGAGACACUCUGGGUUAAAUAAGGGAGCACAUCUCUAUUCUGUUAUCAAUUAUCAGUUUGAGGACAACACAGUACAAACACACUGUAAGUUGCCAAGAUGCCUGAACAAGGGUAAGUGUGGCUCUCUAAGCCCAACAAUAAUAUCUCGUAACAAGUUGUCAGUAUAUACUAACACACAUUUUAUGCUGUAUUUUCAGGCAAGAGAGGAAAUCCAAGAUCUCAGCCUCAAGAAAGCUUAUGCUGAAGAGUUUGAUGGUGGCCAAAGCCAAGGAUGAGCUGGAUCAGGAGGUGUUGGAUAAAGAGGAGGAGAAGCAGAGGUAUCUGAUGGAGAAAGUUCCUCUUCUGCAGACGCAGGGGAUGUCAUUCGCUGAGCUUCAGGAACUAUGUCAAGAGCUUCAUGCUAAGAUUGAUGUGGUGGAUGAGGAGCGCUAUGAUAUUGAAGCCAAAGUCUCACUGAAUAAGCGUGAGGUCAAAGACCUGAACAUUAAGGUUCUGGACCUGAGGGGGAAGUUCAAGCGGCCCACCCUGAGAAGGGUGAGGGUUUCAGCAGACGCCAUCCUCCGAUCUCUCCUUGGCUCAAAGCACAAAGUCUCAAUGGACCUACGAGCCAACCUAAAAUCUGUGAAGAAAGAGGAUACUGAGAAGAAGAGACCAGUUGAGGACAGCGACUGGAGGAAGAACGUGGAGGCCAUGUCUGGUAUGGAGGGAAGAAAGAAGAUGUUUGAUGCAGCAAAAGGCCCCACCCAGUAAAACCUUGUCUAGUAAAGUUAACACUCAAUAUUAUGCAAUGUAUUGUUUGGCAACAAAAAAGGCUUAGGUUUAGAGUUACAUACUAAAUAUACCAUUAAAUACCAUAUAUACUGUUAUUUCAGAUGUUGUUGAUAUGACAACUGUAAUUCAUUGCAACUGCUCAGCAUUGGUGCAAAUCAUUACGCAACUUUCAUGUGGCUGACAAUAAGUAAAUAAUUACUAGCCUAGUUUAUCUUUUAUUGUGUCAAUAUUCAGUUAUUAGGAAGAGUCAAUGGAAGGGCGUACCAAUGUAUUAUGAGAAUAAACAAUGAGAAAUAUUCGUUGAUGUACAAUACUCAUUAUAUAUGUUUAAUCUUUCCAAAAGGUUCCCAUGCUCAGUUUGACAUUGUUUUCUGUGAAUUAUUGUUUACGAAAGCUCAUAAUUCUGACUUGCAUUGCUGAAGUUAACCAUAUAAAAUAAAAAGCACAAAAAGCUCAUCCAAAUUGUAUGUAAUUGUACUUGCAAAAAAGUGUAUAAUAACACAGCCGGGAUAGUGUGAUAAUGUCUUUUUGCAUGCUAUAUAACAGUAAAG